UUCGCUUUAUUCUCAGCGCGGUGCAUCUUACCUGUCCGUCAGUAUCUUGUCGGACACCUCAUCGGGGGUGUGGCCUCUUUUUAGCGCGGAACACUCGACGAACAGCUCAGCUCGCCAUGAGCUCGGACGUCUCUGCUGCUGCUCAGCCCAACUUGCGACACAUGCAUCUCAUAAGUCUGUCGGCAGUCGCCAAAAUGCUGCACUUAUUCCAUCACAAGAAUAUGCGUCGCAUUGUUAAGUACCUCAUAUUUACCUCCUUGCUGAUAGUCGGCUUAUUCACAACCUACUUUUACUUAAAGGAAAACGCCGGUAACUACGGACUUGGUGCGAAGCAAAAGGAUAUUUCAAAGGAGGAGGUCUUCAGAGACAAAAGAAAUGGCAGUCACCAGCGAGAGGCCAACAGGUCACGGCCUUGGAAGCCCGAGUAUAUGGGAAAGGCUAAUUUGCAUGUCUUUGAAGACUGGUGUGGCAGUUCCACUCAGCAGCUCCGGAAAAAUCCCCACUAUCCCCUUUACCCUAACUCCCGAAUCACAGUGAAAAAGCUGGCAGUGUCACCCAUGUGGACCAACUACGGCCUCAGGAUUUUCGGAUACCUCCACCCUCGCAAAAGUGGUGAAUACCUGUUUGCUGUGGCCUCUGAUGAUGGUUCUGAGUUCUGGCUGAGCCUGGACAGCAGCCCCCUGAAUCUACACCUCCAGGCCAGCGUGGGAAGGGCAGGCAUGGAUUGGACAGCGCCGGGGGAGUUUAACAAAUAUGCCAGUCAAAUAUCUUUUCCAGUCCAUCUGUCUGCAGAGGAUUUCUACUUCUUUGAAGUCAUCCACAAGCAAAACGACAGGGGCACGGACCACUUGGAAGUAGCAUGGCGAGUGAAUCAGGACAGAACCCCAUUUGAGAUCAUUGGUUCCGAACACAUAUCCAUGUACAUCGAUGAGACCGACUUGAAGCUGCACGAGGUGAGCCACAUACCGCAAACACCUGCUAGCUCCUUCCAUUGGAGAACGUAUGCCAGGGUCUCCAGCCAUGGCGCCGAGAUGCUGAGAGAAGACCCGCGGGACUCCUUCUACCAUGUUCCGCUGAUGAGCGCGUCAUACCUGCGUGGCAUCCUGCCUGUGUGCCCCUACAGGCCCACCUACCUCAUCAUGGGGUACCCUCUCCAGAGGUAUCAGGGCAUUCACUUUGUCCACCUGUCCUACGUUUACCCCAAUGACUACACGCGACUAACACACAUGGAGACCAUCAAUAAAUGCCUGUACAGUGAAGACCCCCACUAUCUAAAAGGGCUUGGGUUUCUGAAUUACAUGAAGAUGGACUCUCCAGAAAAUGGAGGCGCUGAACAACGAGACAACGAACAAGGGGAUAGGGGUGGCCUUGGUGACAAAUUUUUGUACCAGUACGAGGAACUUCGGCCAGAGAGCUUCAGAGAGCCGCCAGACAAUGACAUCUACAGUGAUGAGUACAGCUUCGUCAGGCAGGCCCCUGAGCCGGCAAGCACACUGAAGAUGGUGAAUGGGAAUCCUCGGAAACUGUUGGCCGCGCAGGUUACUGCAUAUAAUACAAGGCAUCUUGCCAGAUAUGAGCCUCAAGUCCAGCAACCUGUAGUGAACACCAAACAGUCAGAGAUCCAGAGAGCUCCUGUUCAACCAGCAAUGAACAACGUGUUCCUGAUGCCACAUGGGCUUCAUGUGCACCGUAGGCUAAGACGUAAAAAUCGUCUACAUCCACCUAAGGUGGUUACGCAGAAAGAGUACAAGUACAAGGACAGCGAGAAUUAUGAAACGACACCCCCAAUCAUCUAUGACCCAGUUAUAAACUGGGUACGGACGAUCAACGUCAGUAACAUGGACUUCAACGCGUUCCGCGAAGAUUCCAUCGACCUGAAAUGCAACGUCUCUGGAAACCUGCAAAUGAGUUCCGAAGUGGCAUUGCCCAUCGUGCAGGCCUUCAUGCAUCAGCUCAAUCAGAAGAACUGGGGACACUUCACCCUGUUGCAAGUGGUCAACGUGGAACGGCGGAUCGACAGGUUCCGUGGUAGCCGCUAUCUCCUGGAGCUGGAGGUGCAGGACCAGCGCGGGACCGGGUUUCGCAUCUCCCAAUAUGUUUACGAGCCACGCAGCCAGAUCAGGUCUUGGAAUAGGGUACGCCAGCCGGACAGGAAGGGGACGCUGCUGUGCUACCCUGAGGGGGUGGAGUGGAAUCCCUCAGCUACUGUGCACAUCAUAGUGCCUGUGAAGAACCAGGCCCGCUGGGUCCAGCAGUUCAUCAUGUACAUGGAAGACAUCUACAAGGUUACAGGUGACAAGAACUUCAACAUCAUCAUCGUGGACUACAGCAGCAAGGACAUGGAUGUGGAGCAGGCACUCCAGUCGGCCCAUAUUCCUCGUUAUCAGUAUGUGAAGCUGACUGGGAACUUUGAGCGUUCUGCAGCCCUUCAAGCUGGGAUUAACCUCAUCACAGACAGCCACAGCAUUGCGUUCCUGUGUGACCUGCACAUCCACUUCCCCCACUCCAUCAUCGACAGCAUUCGCAAGCACUGCGUGGAGGGCAAGAUAACCUUUGCACCAAUCAUUAUGAGGCUGGACUGUGGGGCCACUCCAGAGGAGCCCGACGAUAAGCCUUGGUGUUGGCAACGAGUGGAUGUCUACCUGUGUGAAAGUAUCUACUUGUGCUUCCAGUCAGAGCCAAAGAAAACACUCCAAGACACUGUGUUGAAGGCCAGCAUCCCAGAGUUGCCUCUUCACUGUUGACGUUGAGACUGGUCAGCUGACAGUUGAAGACCUAUGAGGGGUCUGUUUCUCUAACUACACACUGUAAUAUCUUCUCGCUCGCUUGUGCACACUGGGCCUCCUUUUCCUCUUUUUGUUGUGGUU